GCAAUACUUCAAGAUGGCGAGAGAGCUUAUAAAUUGCUGUCAUUUUUAAAUCUAUAAAAUUCAUCCUGUAUAAAUGGCGUAAAUUGCGAAUCUUGUAUUUAUUGUAAAUUGUAAAUAGUUAAUUGUAUAGUUAGUGAUAAUAUUUUGUGUUGUGAAUUGAAGAAAUAGUGUACAAAUUGUGCUUUCAAAUAGUGUUUGUGUACAGUGGAAAAUAUCUCAACAAAGCCGACGCCGAAGUAAAGAUCGUAGAAAAUUGCAAGAAAUACUUUUUGUUGAUGCUAGUACUGGCUCCUGACCAGCAAUAGUGACACCAAUGAAGUGGCUGGGGGGUGGCGAAGGAGAUGGCAUAAUAAAAGUUGAAAUGGAUCGUGGGCCUCAUCGUACUCAGGAUGAUGCUGCAGUUGGCUAUAUUUUUCAAAGGCCUCCUGACCCAGAAUUCCCAUCUUUUGGUCCAAAGCAGCAGAGAUGGGCUGGAGAUGAAGGCAUCAUUGAUAAUCAGCAUGAUCAAAAAUGGAAAUAUCCAACCGUGGUGAACAACAAGGUGGCCACUCCUCCGAACAGUAUCUCGUACAUGGGCAGUGCCGGCGCUGCCGCCGCGGCCGCGAUGGCCCCCCUCUACGACAUGGGAGCUCCGAACAUCAACAAAACCCUUCAACCGCACGAACAGCAGUACAUCUACAUGUCCAAUCAGAUGCCACCUCCUCCAACGGCGGGUAUGCCAUUGCACCAUGCGCCUUAUAUGCCUCCUCAGAGUUUGACACAGCAGUUGCAUCAGCAGCAACAACAACAGAUGAGGCAUCAGCAAGCACAGGUGAGUCAAGGUUUCAACCAAAUACAAAGCGGCUUUGUUGGUGACGGCGUUUUUAGUCUCGUUCGAGGACAACAGCAGAUUGCUCCAGCAGCAAAAAAAUUAUGGGGUCUCGAAUCAAAAGACGCUUCAAGUAAAUUGAAUCUGAAUCAUCUGAAUCACGAAGGAGUAUGGAGAGAUCCAACAUGGGCAGCCCCAGAGCAUGCAGUAUCGGCAUCGUUGGCGAUGGGAAGAAGAGCGGGUGGAUUCGCGGGCGGAGGCGGGGGCGACAAUGGUGGCGGAGGCAGCAUCCUGUCACCACGCGGUUCCGAUAACGGUGGUUUGGGCGUCAAAAUGGUCGAAUACGUACUAGGUACAUCACCUACCGGUAAAGACAAUAGCAUGGUGGGCGAUAGAGGACCGGGAGGACCAGGCGGUCUGGAACCUCGUAUGCGUGCGCUAGUUCUUCAAGAUUGCGACAAAGACAAAGAUAAACCUCAAAGUCCGAAAGAGGAAUGUAACGGGCAACAGGUCGUGGUUGUACAGAAUGGACAAGUCGGACCAGAUGAAGAAAAAGGCGGUUUUAAUUUCCUUUGCAGUCGGACUCCAGGCAGCCGGCAGCCCUCUCCCGCCGAAGAAGAGCUCAGUAAAAACGGCAUGGGACUAGAUCCGGCAUCUUUGGCGGUUCUAAAACAACAACCUACCGAACAACCACUGCAGCCGCACCAUUUGCACCACUUACCGCCGCAUUUGGCUCCUCAUCUCGGCGUCACGUUGGCAGAAUCGGUCAAUCAACAAUUCGAGCAUUUCGCGGCUGAACAACAACAACAGCAGCAGCAACAACAACAGGCUAGUGGAAAUCCUUACGAACAGCAGCAGCAUGGCUAUGCUCCACAACAUCCUCAACAACACCAGCCUCAUCAGGUGGAUAGUGCAGUCUUACAGCAACAACAGCAUAACUUCGAUGUACAGGUAAGUCUAUAAAUUACAUAAGACUUU